CGUCGUUCGAGCGCGCAUUGUACGGUUGUCCACAUUUCGGACGAUUUUACGAGUCAAAUUCUCGUGAAAGUGAUAUUUUUUUGUUAAGCAAAUCUUUUUGUGGAGCAUCGAACGAAACCGCUGUAUGUCCCAAUUAAAUUCAACAACAGGGGCUUUAGUUUUAUCGUUUGUACAUAUAUAUUUGUUUAUUUAUUCUAUGUCUUAUCAACACUUUGCCCGCCUUUCGUUCUUGCUAUAAGUAUUGCGUAUAUUCGCUUACAAGCGUACAUAUAUCUAUACCGACCAACAUUUCGAAACAUUAGGGGAAAUUGUGCAACAGAGAUAUUUUGACAUUGUAGACAUGAGUUAAUCAACGCAGAAGAAAACAUUAUUGAGUGUCUUCGGUUAUUCAACCUAAUUCGACCCCGGUAAUUGUGAAUAUCAUAAACGCAAGACGAAGGCCGCAGUUUUAUUACUGUUCGUCUUGUGAAACAAACAAUCAUGUUCGGCCAAGCAGGAAACACGUCUUUCGGUGGAUUCAACACGGCGACUCAGAGUAGUCCUUUCGGACAGUCUGCUUUUGGUAAACCGAUUUCUACCACAAGCUUUGGUACUGGGGCAACUCCUGUAUUUGGUAGCAACAACACCUCACUUUUUAGUGCUAAACCUGCAGGUGCUACCACCAAUAGUUUGUUCGGGAAUACUGCAGCUGCACCAGCGUUUGGACAACCCGCUACUACUCAAUCGUCCUUUGGAGCAUUUGGUGGAACUGGAGCAAACACAAGUCUGUUUGGUACUCAGCAAAAUGCCAAUACUAAUUUAUUCGGUACAAGCGCAACAACAUCAGCAUUCGGUCAAGCAAAUAAACCAGCUGGUUUUGGAUUUGGAGCUCCAGCGAGCAACAAUCUAUUUGGGCAGCCGCAAUCAGGACUACAACAAGCAACACCAUUCGGGCAAACCAGUACAGCUGCCAAUACGAGUCUUUUUGGUAACACCGGAGGAUUCAGAAGUAACACAACUGCAACAGGCAUUACCGGGACCAUGGUGAAAUUCAAUCCAUUGACUGGCACUGAUACGAUGGUGAAAAAUGGUGUGACACAAAACAUAUCAACACGUCACCAAUGCAUCAUGUGCAUGAAAGAAUAUGAGUCCAAAUCUCUCGAAGAACUGCGCCUGGAAGAUUACACUGCUGGAUUGAAAGGACCCGCUCAAACUGGUCAAACCACAGGACUUUUUGGUGCAACAGCCCAGCAAUCACCUUUUGGAAACACAGGGGCAAUAACGAGCACCGGCACCAGCGGUUUUGGCUCUAUUGGGAGUGGAUUUGGAGCUUCUACUCAAACAGCAGCAACCGGAAGCCUUUUUGGUAAACCAGUCACUGGGUUCGGUGCGCCAACAACUACAACCAGUGCCUUUGCCUUUAAUCCUGCAACAACAUCAAAUCUCUUUGGUGUGAAUACACAAACCAAACCAUUUGGUACUGCUGCGCCAACAACACUCUUUUCAAAUACAGGCACAGCUCAAUCCGCUACAACUGGAUUUGGCGUUAUGAACGGAGCUCAAAACUCGAGUUUUGGAUCUUUUGGCACAACUCAGCCCACCCAGAGCAUAGGACUAUUUAAUCAGAAUAAAUCUGCGUUCAAUAUUCCAACGUCGAAUUCGGGCUUUGGAGCUUUCGGCCAAACUGCAGCAGCCAACACUGGAACUUCGGUUUUCGGGCCUAAACCAUUGGGAACAACAGGUUUCGGAGCACCAACUUUUGGCACAGGCACUGCUCCCUCGUUCGGAAAUACCACAGCUUUCGGAAAUACUCAAAAUACAAAUACUUCGUUGUUCAACUCCACAUUGAAGCCUCCUGGUCAAAAUACCGGUUUCUCCUUCGGAGCUACUCCGGUUUCUUCAUCCGGACUCGGUACCAACACGGGUCUCACAUUGGGCGUGGGAGGUUCUCUUUUCGGCCAAUCGAAACCAGGCGGUUUGUUCAGUAGUGGAACGACCGGAACAACAUUUAAUACCGGAAGCACCUUCAAUUCAACUCCUGGAUUCGGAACAAACACGGGUCUCGGCAACACGAGUCUCGGAAUGAAUUUGCUCGGUAGCGGGAUGGGAACAAAUCCAAAUCAACAAAAUUCAAGUUCCGUCGCAGUACAUCAACAAAUUUUGGCCCUGGUAUCAGCCCCAUUCGGAGAUUCACCUCUGUUGAAAAAUCUACUACCCGCUUCGGGUAAAGCAGAGGAACUUUUGAAACCCGCCAAUCCAGUAUCCAGAACUCUAAACAGUCCACAGUAUAAAGUGACCACGAACAACAAUUCCCCCAAGGUUAAGCCUCGAGUCGUAACGGGAGUGUCAUUGUCCAAGAAAUCGCUUUUCGAAGGUCUCGAGGAAGAAGAUCCAACUUUGUUGGAGGCCUUCCAGCCACGUCCCAACACCAAACGAUUGGUACUUCGACCGAAAGCGCCGAGCAGUGCUCAGACUAAUUCUGUUGAGCAGCUUAACAGUUCACGGAAUAACGGGAACCGUGAAGAAAGUGUUGACGCCACUUCUUCUUGUGGCAAUGAUCCUCGUGAUGAAACCGUCGAUGUUGGUUCACCUUCCACGACACAAGACACGGAAACUUCUACCACGAAAAAUGUGCAAAAACCGAAUCUGCGAGGCAAAAAUGAACGCACGUCUUCAGAUUCAUGGUUGAGAAGACGCCAAGUAACAGGAUUCGAAGAAAAUCGUGCGUCACUCGAUAAUACGGAUAUUGCAGAGGAGGCAUUGGAAUAUACACUCGAAGAAUUCCGUGCACACAGAAACAAUCCUACAGCAUCAUCGAAUAACGAGAGUCCAUCAGCAAACGUGAGUCUCAGUUCUAUGGGUGCGGACAAAAGUGCAGGCGAUUCUCCCGGAGUUUUCAACGAUACUACCCAUGAUCUCGAGGAAAGUUUACUGUCAAUUGUUCAACAAGAUUGGGAACCAAAUAAAUCGAAAGUGAUACUACGACGUGUUGGUUACUACACGCGUCCUCCUUAUGAAAAACUCGAGGAUUAUGUUCAUGGCGAAACCUGCGUUGUUCCCAACUUCACCAUUGGUCGCAAAGGAUACGGAAACGUUUAUUUUCCAGAUUCAUUUGAUAUCUACGGAUUGAACCUCGAUGAGAUCGUACACUUCCGUCAUAAAGAAGUCAUCAUUUAUCCUGAUGACGAGAAGAAACCACCUGUUGGACAAGGCUUGAAUCGUCGUGCUCAAGUAACGCUCGAACACGUUUGGCCUCACGACAAAUCUCUCCACGAACCGAUCACCGAUCCUUACCGUUUGACUACCAUGAAUUAUGAGGAAAAGCUACGCAGAGUUUCGGCUAAACACGACACGCGCUUUCUCGAGUAUCGCCCAGAAACUGGAUCCUGGGUUUUCAAAGUUGAUCACUUCUCCAAAUACGGUUUGAGCGAUUCCGACGACGAUGACAAUGACGUACCCCUUGAUCCAGGCAUGAAAAAACUGAAGGGUAUUGUAAAAUGGGAUAAAGAGUUGUCGACUAGUCGAACAGUUGUCACCGGAGCGACAAAUGGCACCCCCCGCAAUCUGGAUAAAACGGGAAGCUUGAACCACGAAGAUGAAAGCGAUUUGGAUAGAACGCUUCCUGUCAAGGAUUUCAGCGGUGAAAAACAGCACUCAGCAUUGAGUCCAACAUCGAUCCAUGCAAGGAUCAUGGGUACCGACAGUCACAAACUACAACUGAUGAAGGCCAGUUUUUUCGACCACGAAGAUGAAAACGAUGAGCCGAUGUACGAAGGCACUCAGCAACCUUCUUUCAAAAAUCAUUUCAAAGCUUACGAUAUAAUGGACGAAGAUCAACCAGCAUUACAAUCGUAUUUUCCAACUUUGCGAUCGAAUCUGACGCUUCACAACCAAUUGCCGUUCGCGUCACCCACUGAUUCAGUCUACGAUACUAAAGAAAUCAAAAUGAAGCAGCCCGUGGAAGUGAAGUCUGAGAAAUUCACGAAACUGGUGAAAGCGUUUCCACCGCCGAUUGUCAAACCGACUACGGUCGUCUUGAAAUUCCGUGGCGAAGUCAUUCCACUGCAUCGAUCGAUUUGCAGCAGGCUCAAAUUCCAAAGUAUUGCUGAUAUUGGCAUACAAAUGGGACGAACUUUCCGGCCGAGCUGGGGCCCUGGAUUAACUUUAGUUUCUCUCAGCAGCCAAGAACAAGCUGCUGUUGUUCCACUUCACAAUACUUUUAGUCAGAUCGAAACUUAUGUGUCUGGUCGACUGAUGGACGAUACAACCUCAAUGAGCAUCGUUCAACGCCUUCAGAUAUUAGGAGGUGCUGGCGCUGAUAGCGAUCACGUUGAAAUGUUCAGAGACAGCAUCGAGGAUCACCUUCGAAUUCAAUUAAAUCACUGCAUAAUGGGUCAGGAGGGUGAUUGUCCAGUGAUUGAAGCACCGACUGGUGAAUCUGCACUGGCUGCCCUUCACGCCCACUGUGCCCAGGCUGAAAAACUUGCAAAUUACGUUGCUCCUGAUCGUCUUGCAUUUUACUCAAGAGACGUGUGGAGACUGUGCAUUGCUCUGUGGGGAAAUUUGCCCGAAUUACAGCCAGACGCAGAUAAAGAAAGACAUGAUGCAGUGAUAGUGAGACGAGAAGCUUUCGGUGAUUGGCUCAAAACUGUUGUCGAAGAAAACGUUCAACGUGAAAUCGCUGAAAUCAGUGAGGACGAUCGUUUAAUAUUUUCGUUGUUAACUGCUAACAAAUUGGAGGAAGCCUGUGAGCAAGCAGCGAAGACCGGUGAUUACACGCUGGCUUUAUUGAUAUCACAGCUCGGUGGUGCCGCAGCAGUGAAAGAAUUGCUUAAACAAACAAUCGCACUGUGGCAAGCGACGGACAUCGUUGCAGAUUUUUCAAUGUGUCGAUUGAAAUUGUACAUGCUUGUAGCGAGCGAACAACUAAUAUCGUGUCGCGAAGACGUCGUAAAUGCUUGCGAGAAUCUCGAUUGGAAAAGAGCUUUAGCAGUACACCUUUGGUAUUUGGCAUCACCAACAGCUUCGAUAACUGACGUUCUCGAUCUUUAUGUCGCUUCGUUCAGCGGCGCUCCGACAGACAUUUAUGCAGCUGCACCGUUACCUGAUUACAAAGACGAGGAUUACGAUGCUGAAAUAAGCAGUGGAAAACAGACUUACGAUCUUUGCUAUCAUCUACUCAAACUCUAUAGCACCGGUGAUCAUCAACUCGAGGAACUUCUCAAUCCUUUGACACACACUGCUGAUCCUCUUGACUACAGGCUUAGCUGGUUGAUGCUGCAAAUGAUCGUUGGACUUGGCUACAAGCAUUUAUCAGAACACGUGGCAGCACUGACCCACACAAAUUUUGCUUCUCAACUCGAAGCUUACGAUCUAUGGCAUUGGGCAAUUUUCGUUGUGUUGCAUCUUCGCGAUUCCGGCAUACGUAGGAAGGCUGUGCUUGAUUUACUUUCGCGACACGUCGAGAUUGACGAUGAUCCGGAGUACGUGAAACGCGAAGAAUUCCUGAAAGAAGAACUCGGCAUAUCCUCCAUGUGGAUAAACGAGGCUAAGGCUGUUAAAGGUUGUGCAAUGCAACGGUACGGCGAAGCAGCGUGGUAUCUCAUUCAGGCCGAAUUGUGGAACAAAGCUCACGAAGUCAUCAUAGAACAUCUCGCGGCUGAUGCAGUAAUUAACGAAAAUUAUGAAUACUUGAGAUCUCUGCUGAGCCCACUCGUGCCAACUGAAUGCAACACCCUCGUGAACGGUUGGGCAUACCAGGGACAAUUGCUCUGGGAUUAUAUGGAAAUUGCUGUCGAGAUUGAAACGUUCUUGAAGAACCGGGAUUUCGCUGAAAUAGGUUACAAGCUCGAGCUCCUUCAGCCCCAACUCACUUCGCUGUGCACUAAGAUAAACCAUUUCCCUUGCCCAACUGCAAAACUAAGAUUGUGCCAAGCCGAAAUCGCCAAAAGAACAUUGCAUCUUGCUCGUAGUCUGUUGCUCUUGCAACCGAAUGAAAACAGGUCAACGGCUCGUGUUCUGGUACAUCUGGUUUCGCAGUUGCCUUUACCGGAGGACUAUGCGCAGCAAGAAUUACGGCCAAUAAUAAAUAUGUGCGUGAACGAAGUAUUAAGUCAUUGAACGAAUGAAGUUAACUGUCAAAAAAAUAGUGCGAUAGAAACUUACGGUGUAAUACGUAUUGGAAUCUUUUUUGACACUGAGUGGUGAAAAAAACAUAAAAACAUAAAAACAAAACACUUUUUAAUUCGAAAAAACAAUUCUAUGGAUUUACGAAAUUUUUUCAACGUGGCAACUACGUUACGUUACUUUAAGAUCAGUUCCAUUCUGUUUUCAUGUGGAAAAAAAACAUCGAAAAAAGUAAAACACCGCGAACGUGCAGACGAAUACUGUCACAUCAGAUUCGUAGCCAUACCAUUUAAGCGCAAUUCCGUUAAUAAUGAAACUCUGUAUUAUGUAGGGUAUUUAAGCCUUCGAUGUAA